AUCGCCUUGCAUUUUGCAGUUCUCAGUUUGCAUCGCCUUGCAUUGCAGCGGGUGGCCGGGCGGGCGGGCAGCGGCCAAGGCGGGCAGGGCGCCGCGAUGGUGGGACGGCUGAGCCUGCCGGAGGAGGCGCCGGAGCUGCCGGACUCGAAGCGUCGAACCGAGCGGCCGUUGGACAGUCCCGACUCCGGCUUGCCUCCCAGCCCCAGCCCGGCCAGCUGGCUCGCUCAGGGGCUGCCCGAACCGGAGAGCGCCAGCAAGCCGCCGGCUAAGGAGCCCUCGUCUUCUCCCAACCCACUGCGGCUCUGCCCGCUCUCCUUUGGCGAAGGGGUGGCCUUUGAUCCGUUGCCGCCCAAGGAUGUAAGAUAUACCUCCUCGGUUAAGUAUGACUCCGAAAAACACUUCAUUAAUAAUGUUUACAUGCCAGUCCGGCUUGGCGUGUCGUCUUGCAGCCAGACCAUCAUUUGUGUUCCCGACAGCACAUGGCGCAGUUACAAAGCGGAGGUGCAAUUCCACCUUUGCAACCGACCUGGGAAUUUCACGAGCACCACCAUUGUGUACCCGAAGCACACCAAGACUGUGUAUACCACGACCUUGGAUUACAAUUGCAAAAAAUUCAACCGGAAAUUCUUGUCUAGCGUGGAGUUGGAAUCGUCUGGAAUUGAGAGCCGCCCAGAAAGCUGCUGACUGCCGAUUCUCUCUCGCCGAAACUCAAGUGGCUUCUACACCGCCAUCUUUUUCACGCUCAGAACUAAAAAAAAUAAAAAAAUAGCGUUGGAGUGACCUGUUGCACAUCCGCACCACUAUGGAUUCAACAGGCAACAGGAACGAGGAAGUGGGAGCAUCCGUCAGCGGCUGCUUUGCUUCCUCCUAUUUGUUACAGGCCAUAGAGUUAAAAAAAAAAAAUUAAGCCUCUAAUCUCUGAUCGCACCAAAAAAUGAUUUUUAAAAAAAAUCAAAUUUCUCUCCCUUCAUCCAUGUUCUUAUUUCUCGUCUUGUUGAGUUCAACGGGGGGGGGGGGGGGGGAGAAUCUGAACGGUGGAUUGGAAGUGGUUGCAAAGCCGUCAAGCCACCAUUCCUAUGAAAGGACCUGCAAAGUUAGGGAAGAAUGUUUCCAUGAAUGGGAAAAUGGGAGAAGAGAGAGAAAGAGAGAGAUGGCGUUUCAGAGUCUUUGGAAGAGAAAGUGCUGCUUUUAUGGAGACUUUCAAAUAAAUCUUGAAUAACGCCAGGAAUAAAUGGGCUUUCACCCACCACUGAUGUGGUGGAAUUGGAAAAAAAUAAUAAUCAAGAGCUACUUUAAACCAGGGUGGAAUCCUUGUGUAAAGUAUCUCACAUUUCACCCCAGUCUCAUUAAAAGUCGGUUCCCUUCUAGCAUGUCCCUUUUUGCUUAAAAGUUCCCGUACUUCAUUUUUGCUUUUAUGUAUAAAAAUAGCAAUUUCUCCCCUCUCUUUUCUUUUUUUCUUUUUCUUUUUAACUUUCCCUUUAAAAAAACCAAAAAGACUAUUGGUGGUUUUGAUGUUUUCUUAUAUGGGGUGAAAAUCAGGAUCUGUUUUUUUCAGCGGGAACUUAUCUUAAAUAAAUUUAAGUAACUUAAUUUUCCUCUUACUUAAAGUAAGAACUUUUAAAGGAUUAUGGAAACUAUGGUUUUUUUGAUUCAGGGGGUUUUAAAAAACAAAACUUUUUU